AUGGCCCGCCGGUUGUCGACGGCGAUGGUGGUCAUGAACGCUCGCUUGAAGAAAUUCAUGGGUGAGCGAAGGCCACCAUGCGUCGACAGCGCGUCACCCACCCCACACCAUCAAGACUACGAAACCAAGAGCGAACGCAUUGGUAUCUCAUCGCGUCAUCCAUAUACUUACACUGCCAAACAUAGGUCGACCACUCAACGACCCGCCAAAGCCACACGUGGAGCGUUCAAGGAAGACAUGCGCACCGACGCCGCACCGACGCCGGCGAUAUAUCCAAACUGGCAGCGAACAUAG